AUGGUUGAGAUCAUGGCGAUUCAAGUGCAGAGACCUCAGUGGUUUGUGUCACAUGCUUGGAGCGAACCAGUGUGCAAGUUUCUGGCCUGCUUGGAGCAGCAUGCUCUGGUGCGAGAAUUGUCAAGCAGUACGUUCUAUUGGGUCUGUGCUUAUGCCAACAACCAACACUCUGUGGAUGAAGACAUCAAAAUAAACCCGCGCAGCACAUCUUUCUACAGGGCCAUGCAGAUGUCUGAGGGAGUUCUCUUGGUGCUGGAUUCGGCUGGAAGGCCUUUCGAAAGGAUUUGGUGCUGCUUCGAGGAGGCCAUUCUUGAAGCAACCGAGGCGAUUGAACACCGAGAGGGCAACUGGUCCAGGCGACGUUUGCUGCUUGAUGUGGGCGCCACUGACACACAUGACAAAGCUCAUGUACUUACUGAUGGACUUGCCGGAGCUGAAAGUCGAAUGAUUGGCAUCAUUGGCUUGCACCACAAAGCAGCUCGCGAGCGUCACUUUCCUCUGGACCUUUUGGAAAAGGGCUUGAAGGUCAAAAUCGAAGAUGCUCAUGUCACCGAGAAUAUUGACAAAGUUCGGAUUCUGAACAGCAUUGCUCUUUCUCGUCUUGAAACUUGCGACUUUGAGCAUUUGCAGUCGUACCCCACUGGGGAUCCCAAUUUCCAGCGAGUAGAUGAAGCUCUUCAUUCGCAUUUUGCUUUAGCCAGCUGGUACGGAUUUGUCCUUCAAGGAAGAUGCACUGAACUCCUGGCCACAGCUAUAAAGGCAGACGUUGGUAGAAAGAUAGUGCAGCUUUCACUGACUGGGUGCCAGAAUUUCUUUGACCAUGAGCUUGAUGUGCUGAUCCAAAGCCUUCCUUCAGAGUUGCGCGUUUUGCGAUUGGAUCUGGGCUUCUCGGGCCUUGAGACUCUGGACAUGUUUACAUCUUCGGUGCAGUGUUUGAAGUCUUUGGUCCAGUUGAAGUUGCGCUUCACAGGUUCCGCACACUUCAGGACUGCGGCAGGGCUUGGAGUUGCCAUGAGAGAAAUGGAGAACAUCAUGUACUUGGAGCUAUGGUGCGCUGAGUUGUGA